CUUUCCGUUCUCCUCCAAGAUGCCUACCAGGACUACGAAGACCAGGAAGCUCCGUGGCCACGUCAGCCACGGACACGGUCGUAUCGGUAAGCACAGGAAACACCCUGGAGGUCGUGGUAAUGCCGGUGGCAUGCAUCACCACAGAAUCAACUUCGACAAAUACCACCCUGGGUAUUUUGGAAAGGUGGGUAUGAGGCACUACCACCUGAAGAGGAACACCGUCUUCUGCCCCACCAUUAACCUGGAUAAACUCUGGACUCUGGUCAGCGAGCAGACGAGAGAGAACCACGGCAAGAAACCCGAGGGUCCCGCUCCCGUCAUCGACGUGGUCCGCGCUGGUUACUUCAAGGUGCUGGGUAAGGGGAAGCUGCCCAAACAGCCCGUCAUCGUCAAGGCCAAAUUCUUCAGCAGAAGAGCAGAGGAGAAGAUCAAAGGAGUGGGCGGAGCCUGUGUGCUCACUGCAUAAACUGUCGUUUUUGCAAAUAAACUAUUAAAAAGA